GUAAAUGAAUCAAAGCCACACAAUGAAAUAAAAAUUCAACGGUGAGGUUCCUACAUUAUUUCUGUAAUUUCUGUUUUUUUUGUGUGAACAAACGGAUUUCUAAUUUUAAAUUUACCUAAAAAUAGCUUAACUCCAUCCGGUAUAAAUCCCCAAAAGCAUCAUCCAAUUAUCCUCAGACCUGCGAGAAACAAAAAAUAAUAAAAGUAAACAAAACUACCAAAAAAAAAAACAGAAAAAAACCUUUCAGGUCUCAACUAGCAAUGGAGAUGAAGAAGAUUGCCUGCGGAGUCGUUUUCGCUGCUGCUUCCAUGACCGCCGUCAUGGCUGCAGAGGUCGGAGCACCUGCACCAGGACCCGCCGCAAGUGGAGCCUCCGUAGCUGUUCCGGCUCUUGGCUCUUUGGUUGGAGCUUCCCUUGUGUCUCUCUUCGCCUACUACUUGAACUAAGCUUUUCUAUUUAAAGCAAAAAAAGAAGAAAUAUCGAUGUCUCUGUCAAUUUCUAUGAUGUCCAAUUUUGUGUGUGUUGUUUAGACAGGCAAAGUGAAUAAAACGAAAAAUAAUUUGAUUACGGUCAGACAUGUUUUUAUGUAAUGCUGAUUAAUAAAUAUAUAUAUACACUAUCUGUUUUCUCUUUUUCAUAUAUCUUUCUUAUACUACCACCAUAUUUUGGUUACUAUAUUUUU